AUAACCUUGAUGAUAGUGGAAAUCAGAAAAUUGAGGUUAUGAAGCAUGUUGGCAUAUUGCCAGCUGAUGGGUGCUAGGCUUAACUUGCGAUCUGAUUAAGCUAUUUUCUUUGGCAGCGAGCCAACUUUUUUAAUAAAAAAGGCGCCACCAUGGACACACUGUAUCGAAGAAUGACAGUUGACUGAUAGGAGGAUAAAGGAAGUAGUCUACACGAGUCCUAUUUCACGAAUAUGUGUAUUGUUGAAAUGACAUUUACUGUGCCUUUAACGGAAUAAGUGAUACAAUCUGGAAAGUAAAUAUCUUGCAGAGAUGAGGUGGUACUGGGGCUCGAUCAUCAGAUCAGGCAUGGCAGUUGUUGUCCUAACUGGCCUUUAUAUUUCAUGUGGUCAGAUUCUAUGGACAACAGUGAGGUCAACAGUUACUGAACAGCGCACAUAUAGUUGGUCAUCUUCAGAUGGGCAGAAUACCAUCAUGCCUCUAAAUGUGACCUUGGAACUUCUUGCUGGCACCCUUUCACCAAUCCAAAAGUACCUUACAGUUGGUCUUUCUUCAGUAAAGAGAAAGAAAGAAAGCUACCUAAUGGACACUCUUCACUCCAUCUUCCUCAGUUCUUCCAAAGAGGAGCUCUCUGAAAUGGUGGUGGUGGUUCUCCUCGCUGACUUUGACCAGGCCUGGGUAGAUGCGACCAGGCAAAAAAUUGCCAGCUUGUUCGACACUUAUCUGAAACAGGGCCAGCUCCUGGUCAUCCACGCGCCUCAGGAUUUGUACCCUCGCCUGACAGAACUGAAGAGGAAUUUCGAUGACCCUCCAGACCGUGUGACCUUCCGCUCAAAGCAGAACGUGGACUACUCCCUCCUGGUCCACUUCAGUGCCAACCUCUCUCAGUACUUCAUCAUGGUGGAGGAUGACGUGACCUGCGCCAAGGGGUUCCUUUCCGCCAUUCGAAAACACGUGCUUAAGAUGGGCAGUGCCCGGUGGACGACACUGGAGUUUUCCAAGCUGGGCUACAUCGGAAAGCUCUACCACUCCGAAGAUCUGCCUCAGCUCGCCCGCUUCCUCUUCCUCUUCUACCUGGAGAUGCCUUGCGAUUUCCUGCUCUCUCACUUUCGGACUUUGCUUAUGCAGGACAAGGUCAUCCGCUUGCGCCCUUCCUUGUUUCAGCACGUGGGCAAGUUCUCGUCCUUCCAGGGGACCUACAAUCGCCUCACAGAUGACGACUUUGCAGAGGAACCAGCCGAUAACCCGUCUGCACUCAUCUUUACCAACAUGAAGUCUUUUAAGAAGAAUAUCCCAGAGUGUGCCUACAGCCAAGGCUCAGACUUCUUUUGGGGGUUGUCUCCUAGCAAAGGAGAUUAUUUUAUGGUGGUGUUCGAUGAGCCUGUGCUGCUGUCACGAAUCUCCAUUGUGACAGGAUUGGAGCAGAAGGAUAUUCUUUUUAGUGCUGUUGUUGAGGUUGGAUAUGCCCUUAAGAAUUCAAAAACACCAACAGCAUCUUCUUGCUCAGACUUCCACAGCCUGGGCUCUUUUCAUGCAGGACAGUUUGAAAUGAGGGAUAUUGACCACACUGUGAAGUCACCUGUGGCCUGUUUAAAAAUUCAAGUCACACAAAAACAAAUUGACUGGGUCAAGAUAAGCAAUAUUCGGGUUUGGGAAAGUAACGUGACUAUAAAAUGAAAUCUUAUAUAUUAUUGUUAUUAUUAGUGUUGUUUUAAUAUGUACAUAUUCUCUUUAUAAGCCACAUAAUUAGACAAUCCAAAAGGGAUUUACAGUAAUCUUAUUGUUAAAUAUCUGUAAUAUUUAGGUCCCAAAAGCUUCAAAAGUGAACACCAGAUAGAGCCCUUGCAACCCAACAGUGGGCUGUGUAACAUGAUGCUCUAGGUUCACUUAUAUGCCUGUUCAUUCACAUGCAGUGCUCUCUACAAAGAUUGCAGUGCAUUACUGUUAACUUUUUCCUAGGUAUCUUUUACUGUCAUUGUACUACGAUUGUUCUCAUUUUAGUGCCUUACUUUUAAAAGCAGAAAUGUUUGUUUUCACCCUUCUGUCAAACCGUUCUAAAGAGUAUCUCUGGAAGAAAGGGACAUUGUAUUUGGUGAGUCACAUACACUGUGCUUUCCCCUUGACCACCCACUCCAGUACUGUACUGAGUUGAGUUGUCAUUUUGUGAGUUGUCAUGCCAUUAAAAUGACUGUUCCAGA